CCCGGUGGCAUGCCGGGAAUAGUGCGGCUAUUUGGCGCGUUAUUUUGAACGAAGUAUGGAGUUGAUACGUGCGCUGCAGUUAUUAAAAUUAAACAGUGUGUCUUCAGCCUGGGUGGAUGCAGUGUGGGAUUUUGAAUUCACCCACACAGACCCUCUUGACCCUGUUAUCGAGGAGGAGAUAAAGGAAGACCCUGAUGUUUUCAAAACGAUUUACAAGCAGCUUCUGCCCUUCUCCAAUAAGGAUGAUGACAAUACACAGAGUGUCUGGCUGGUGUUUGGUGAGAAUGGUGUCUCUGCAAAACCAUUGGUGGCUGUCCUGUCCUAUUUCAUCCUUAGUGCUAAAGCCAAAAGUCCCAGUCUUGAACAGAGACUAUGUGGUCUACAGGCAGCCUCUCUAUACUUGUUGCUGCUAAAAAUUCCAGGGAGUGUUGCGAAUAAAGUGUAUCAUCAGAUUCUUUUUGAUACCUGUCUGAACAUGCCCCUGAAAUGCUGGCCUCAAGACUCUGGUAAGAAACGCAAGAAAGAUACUUUGAAAAGCUCUCAAGGUGACCCCAAAACAGGCAAACGAUCCAAACCCCCAAAGAAAGUGUCAGAAGAGAUGGAGAUUGAUGAUGAUGAAGAUGAUGAGGAAGAAGGGGUGUACUUUUCUCCACAGGAUUUACUGAAACUAAGAGAGGGCAUUGUCUUGCUGGUUCGCACACUUCUGAGGCUCCUAGAGAGAUUUUCGCUUCGAGACAAACCUCAGAGUGCUGACAGCUGUGUUCAGCUUUUCACUCAACUUACCAACUUUGAACCAGUCAUUGGAAAUCUGUCAUUCUCUCAGGAAAGGAAUGUCGACCAAAUACAGAGUCUGCCUGAGCUGUCCUACCAUGGACUGGGGCUACUUUGCUCAACCAUUCAUGGUGAAGGAGAUGAGUGCCGUCGACGAGUGUUCCGCAAGCUACUGUAUGUUAUUCUAAUGAUGAAAACACAAGAGAGGUCCAAGCCGUGUCUUCUUGCUCCGUCUCAGGCUGUCUGUGGUGCCAGAGACCAGGCCAUCCUUUUCAUCAGUCAUAUUGUUGAAAAGCAGAGGGAGGCCACAUUGCCGCUUUUACGGAUACUUGUACAGCACAUCUGCCAUCAGAUGGUGGAGAAGUCUGAAUAUCGAGUCAGUGGAGCACAGGCUGUUGGGAAGCUGAUGGCUAAGAUGCCAUGUCAGGACUAUGCAGCCAUCAUUAAGUGGCUCUAUAGCUACUCCCGAAAUAACAAGGUGGCAUUCAGAAUGUUUGCGCUUGAUGUUGCCUUGGUCCUCCUGGAGCAGAGUGAGAGGGAUGUGGACGACACAGUGGACCCUGAGCUGGCUGUGUUCCUUCCUCACAGGUUCCUGGUGCACAACAUCAUCUACAAUCAUCGUAAUGAUGUCUCCCCCACAGUCAGAGGUCACGCAUUGCACUGCCUGGCACAGUGUCUGGAGCUGGGUUCCCAGAAUGCCACAAAAUGUGUUCAUGAGCUCUUCUCCAACAGUGCUCAGACUAUGCUGGAGUCGGGCCGCUCUGAGCAAACUCUAAAAAGAAGAGAGACUGUUCAGAAAUCCGCUCUGACCUUCAGAACCAUUGAGCUUACAAAACACAAGAGCAUUACCACGACUCACAGGAGCGUCAUGAAUUCUUCCUUACAGAAUGAGGAAGCAUUGACUCUAUUUAAAAAACAUGUCAGCGAUCCAAAAAUCAAUGCUAGAAAAAGUGCACUGGAGACCGUCAUGAGUCUGCUGAAGCAUGGGGUGAUCUCAUGCAGUGCAGAGAAUCUGAGUAUUCUGUCAGAUCGCUGCAGGGAUCCUGCUGUCUCGGUGAAGAAAAAAGCCAUGCAGUGCCUUAUGGAUCUCCUCACUGCUCUGCCUGAGAAUAGAGAGGUGCAGGAGGCCUGGCUGAGAGGAGUGUUACCGGCUGUCAUGGACUCUGAGAGCUCUGUGCAAGAGAAAGCUCUAGAGUGUCUGGACCAUGUCGUCAUUGCUCACAUUAAGAGUCAAGGCAAAUAUCGGGAUGACGACACCUCUCAGAAGCUGGCCUGGGACUUACUGGGUCUGAUGUGUGAAAAGUGUCAAGACCUCAGCCGGUAUUUCAGCAAGACUUUCAGCGUGUGGGCUCCGCAGCAGAAGUUCACUCCUGCCUUUGUGAAUGGUUUGCUGUCUCACACCGACGGAGAGAGGGCCGCUGCCGCCUGGCUGCUGUUAGAUAAAAUUGCCAGUUGCUCUCCUAAACUGAAUUAUGGCACCGUGUUGGAUACCUGGGAGAAUACUAUCAGGUCACCAGUUGUUUCAGUUACAAUGACCUGUCACAUCUUGAGCGUUCUGGGAGACAUUGCGUCUAAUCUCAAUGAUGACACCAAGACCAGAAUAGUAGAUGAUCUGAUGGGCUGGUUGAAGACUUUCAGCCUGCCUUUGGAGGUAAUCAGCUCCUGUGUGGAUACUCUGGUCAGAUUUUCAAGAUCAGACAAUACUCGGGACACAUUGAGGUUCCUGGAUCGUUUCUGUGGAGAGCUGGUCUCUGUGUGUGAGAGUUAUCUGUCUGGUGUCAUUCUACAAGAGAAGGGAGCUGAGAACAUCAAUGAAGACCUGCUGGUGAAACAUCUUUAUACACUUGGUGCCGCUUCGCUCCAUUGCCCUUCUAAAGUAGGAAAGAGAAUUUUCCUUGUGGUUCAGUCUGUUCUAACUCCCUCAGAGCAGCCAGUUCCUGCUGAAGGAGAUGAGCUGCCUGCUGGUCAGCCUCUGUCUCAGUUCAAACCCAAUUCCAUGCCAACAGUGGUCCGAGCACAUGCAGUUAUCACAUUAGGUAAGCUGUGUCUGCAGCACGAGGAACUGAUGUUGAAGUAUCUGCCUGUGUUUGCGCGGGAGCUGGAAGUGGGCACUGAGCUGGCCGUGCGCAGUAACGUGGUGGUGGUGAUGUGUGAUCUUUGUGUGCGCUACACCAACACUGUGACCCGAUAUAUCCCGAACAUCUCAGCCUGUCUGAGAGACAAAGAUCCCAUUGUCCGAGAGCAGACCCUCAUUAUGCUCACCAACUUACUACAGGAGGAGUAUGUGAAAUGGAAAGGUGCGCUGUUUUUCCGCUUUGCUAUUGUUCUUGUGGACCCAGAUCCUGCCAUUGCGGAUCUCUGUGAGUACUGCUUGGUUGACCUCCUGCUUAAGAAGAGUCCCCUCAUGUUUUCCCAGCAUUUCAUUGAAUGCAUUUUCCACUUCAACUCUUAUGAGAAACACAAGAAAUAUAAUAAAUUCCUUCAAACUGAGAGUGAGAAAAGCAAGUUUUCUCUGAAAGGACGACAGAAUCAAGGCAAACGUUUCAGGAUCUACAGGUUCCUAUUGAAAAACUUUACUGACGAGCAGCGGUUCAAUAUCACAACCAAAAUCUGCCAGGACAUCCUUGCCAGUUUUGUGGACUCUGAGCUGCCUCUGGACUCUGACAGCUCAGAGUUGCUUGCAGAUACUUUUGACAUCCUGUCGCUGAAAGAGAUGAAACUGACAGCCAUGAGCGGCCCAGCAGCAGGAGAGGAACCUCAGGAGGAUGAGAUGGCCAUGGCUAAAGCUGUCUUACACGUGGCCCAGAAAAAGCUGGUCUCACAGGUCCAAAAGAGGAACUUUGUGGAGAAUGUUAUUCCUAUCAUCAUCAGUCUGAAGAACAUGCUGGAAAAGCAACACUCACCUGUCCUGAAACACCUUAUGGCCUACCUACAGGUGACCAUGCAGGACUAUCGUUCAGAAGUGAAGGAGCUGUUUGCUGCUGAUGAGCAGUUGGCUGCAGAGGUGGAGUAUAACCUGAAACGGUUUGAAAAGGAAAAACAACAACAAGAACAACAGCAGAUGGAGAAUCAACUGGCCAACUUCACAUUUUCACCCCAACGAAACGCAACAAAUGUUGGGGGGCAGACAGGUUUUGCCUCCCCUCUAAACCCUCAUGGUACUAAAGGUCCCGCACAAACCCCAAAAUCUGCUGAUGCUCUGAGGCGCCGCACUUAUGCAGGCAUGGUAACUCCAGUCAGGACCCAUUCUUCCCCUACAGUCUUUUCAACAGGACGAGGAAAACAGGUUGGGAGAGCCAUCAGUACUCCACAAGCGAGCAUAAAUGAAGUGACAUUUGGAGAGCAAGUCAGUGCCAUCUGCUGUGAAUCUAGAAGAGUUAUAGGUAGCAAAGUUGUGGAUGAAGAAGAGAGUGUUCUACAUCUAAUGUCACCAGAACAACAAAAACCGGUGCCCAGGCAGUGGAAUGUUGAAUCUCCUCUUGUUCAAAAACUGAGAAGCAAAAAACGGUUCUAGUGAAUGUUUCAGUUCACCAUACCUUUAGAACAAGCCCUCUUUAAUUCACACUUCUCUUGAUAACUCUCUUUUUACAGUUUCAUUUUGUCUUAUUUGUUAAAAGCAAUGUUAUUAAAUGCCUUUGAUACUUUGGAUUGUAUCGUGUGGACAAUUAUAUGGCAUGAAUGUAAGAAUAUUUUUGUUUUUCUAAUACUCUUUUGCUUUAAUAACAGCAGCCUUUACACUGCCGAUUUUAGAAUAUUCCAAAGAGCAUCUUGUGCAUUUCAGUAGCAUCUGACAUUUAGUACAAAAGCAAUGUCGCAAUGGUUGCGUUUCCUCUGUGCCACAUUAGCGACGACAGAAGCCUUUCGAUAAACUGCAGGUUUUUGUUUGACACGCAGA